AUGACUUUUAUUCUAAAAUGGCAGUGGGCUUUUGAGAAACUAAAAACACGCAGCAACCAUUUUGGACCAGAGCGAGCUCCACGGGCAGAGCCAGAAGAUAAUUAUCUGCUGGAUUCGCCGCAGAUGAUUUAUGGCGUCGUCGAGGAGCAGCGGGCAUGGAUGAGAAAACGACAGAAGAUCCUUGGAAUUGAAAUGAUCAAGAUAAAUGUUGGAGGGUAUAUUUACAAAGUUCCGUGGAAAAUAAUCGACAACUGUCCUACAUCUCGUCUUGCCAGAUUGAAAGAAACUGAGUGCAUAGAAGAACUGAAAUGUCUCGUUGAUGACUUCAAUGAAGAAACUAACGAAAUGUUCUUCGACAGGCAUUGUGGCGCUUUCGACGCUGUCAUCAAUUUCUACAGAACUUUCAAACUUCAUAUGCCGGAGGACAUGUGCCCAAUUUAUUUUAGAGAUGAGCUGGCUUUUUGGGGAAUUAAUGAUAUCUAUUUGGAAGGAUGCUGUCAAGCUCGCUAUCAUAACAAAAAAGAGCAGCUCCGCGAAGAAGUCAGCCACGUAGAAAAUCAAGAAAGCGACAAGACUUUCGAGGGCCACGAAAACGUCGCAUUUUCUGGACAGCGAAAGAAGCUUUGGGAUCUGAUGGAACAACCGCAAAGCUCCUUUGCAGCGAAAAUUCUGGCGAUCGUUUCAGUCCUCUUCAUUGUCUUGUCGACAGUUGCGCUGUCAAUGAACACUAUGAAGGAAUUUCAGAACUUGGCGGAGCUGAAUCAUAUUGAGUCGAUUUGCAUUGCUUGGUUUACGAUGGAGUACAUCGUUCGAUUCAUCGCUUCUCCGACAAAAAUGAAGUUCUUGAAAGGCCCUCUCAAUUGCAUCGAUCUUCUCGCGAUCCUUCCAUAUUAUAUAACUGUGCUGAUGACAACUCAGAACGAAGAGAUGCUAAAAUUCAACAACGUCCGGCGCAUCGUUCAAGUCUUUAGAAUCAUGCGAAUUCUUCGAAUUCUGAAACUAGCACGACACAGUACUGGCUUGCAAAGCCUUGGCUACACGCUGAAGCGAUCAUACGACGAGCUUGGACUGUUGUUGCUUUUCUUGACGAUCACGAUUAUGAUAUUUAGCUCAUUGGCGUACUUUGCCGAGAAAAAUGAGGAAGACACCGUUUUCUCGUCUAUUCCUGCUUGUUUUUGGUGGGCAACAAUUACGAUGACUACAGUCGGAUACGGAGAUAUGUAUCCUCAAACUGUGUUGGGGAAGCUUGUGGGUGCAUGUUGUUGUAUAACAGGAGUUCUGGUGAUCGCACUACCAAUUCCGAUUAUUGUAAACAACUUCUCAGAAUUUUACAAGGAGCAGCGAAGACGGGAAAAAGACCACAAAAGAAGAGAAGAAAUGAUAAAAGCACAAAAUGAGCAGAAAAACGUUAUUAUCGGAACUCUGCCUAAAUGA